AUGGUGGUCUACUUACGCGGCUGCAAUAAUUCCAGCACUGUGGACAGUUCCCUCUCCGGUUCCCUCUCCAGUUCCCUCUCCGGCCCCAGCCCCGGCUCCGCCGCCGCCCUGCGGGGCUCCGCCGGCCCCCACAGCCCCGACGGGCUGAGCAGGACCGGCCACACGGCCGUGGCGGUCUGCCUGGGCUUCAUCCUAGUGGCGGGGAUCCUCAGCAACUUUCUCACGCUGCUCGUCUUCGUCAAGUUCCGCUCCCUGUGGACGCCCAUCAACCUCAUCCUGUUGAACAUCAGCCUGAGCGACAUCCUCGUGUGCGUGUUCGGGACGCCGUUCAGCUUCGCGGCGAGUCUGCACGGUCGCUGGCUCAUCGGGGAGCACGGCUGCAAGUGGUACGGCUUUGCCAACUCCCUGUUCGGGAUCGUCUCCCUGGUGUCGCUGUCUGUUCUUUCCUAUGAGCGCUACGUCACCGUGCUGCAUCACUCCCAGGUCGACAUCUCGGACUUCAGGAAGGCCUGGCUGUGCGUCGGCGGUUCCUGGCUCUACUCGCUCUUCUGGACGUUGCCACCCUUCCUGGGUUGGAGCAGUUAUGGGCUGGAGGGCCCCGGUACCAGUUGCUCCGUCCAGUGGCAUCUCCGCUCUCCCAUCAGUGUCUCAUAUGUGUUGUGUCUCUUCAUCUUCUGUCUGCUCUUGCCCCUUCUACUCAUGGUCUACUGUUAUGGACGGAUCCUGGUUGCCAUCAGGGGGGUGGGUAAGGUCAAUCUGCUGGCAGCUCAGCGCAGAGAGCAGCGCAUCCUGGUCAUGGUGUUGUUCAUGGUGUCCUGCUACAUGCUGUGCUGGAUGCCUUAUGGCAUCGUGGCGCUGAUGGCCACCUUCGGCCCAUCUGGACUGGUCAGUCCCAUGGGUAGCGUGGUGCCUUCCAUUCUGGCCAAGUUCAGCACCGUUGUCAACCCGGUUAUCUACGUGUUCUUCAACAACCAGUUUUACAGAUGCUUUGUGGCUUUUGUGAAGUGCAGCAGGGAUCCCCACUUUGUUCCAUCUGAGGAACACCCGACUCCAAGAACCCCGCUGUCAGAUACAGUCCACGUUCGGAGACGGACCUCGCUCAACUCUUCUAAACCUCAAGUCCUCAGCAGCAGCAGAAGCCCCGCCACCUGCAGCCUUCACAAUGACCGACACGUUCUGUUUGUUCACUACACUCCAUGA